AUGGGUACACUUCGAGACCUGCAGUUUGCCCUGCAGCUGAAGAUUGAGGAGCUUCGCCAGAGGGAUACACUCAUUGAUGAGCUAGAACUGGAGAUGGAUGCCAAGGAUGACUUGAUUCGAAGGUUGCAGGGUGAACUGGACCGCUACAGGGCCACCAUCAUCACACCCCCAGGGUCUUCUGGAGCUAGUGCAGGUAAGACUUUCUGCAGAAAGUACAUCCACAUUUCAAGCAAUGUUUUAAUUUUAUGCUCUUAUACAUCUUAUUUAUAACAUAUUUAUAUCAAUGCCGACGUAGGCUACAUUGUAUCUUGUUGCUCAAAGAAAGUGAUUUCUUUGUUUCAGGGUAUUCUGCACAGUGUGAAGAGUCCCAGAGAGCCAAAAGAAAGACCAUAUUGUCAGAGCCCGUCACGCUGAAUCCAAGGCAACUUGCCCUGGCCAGCCUGAAAAGCUACAACAAAAACCAACAGUGAGAGAACACACCAAGGACAUGUUCCCUUUGACCUGUUCCUCUUGAGAAAUGUCAGCCUGGUCUCAUAGAAUAGACAUAACAUACUAAACGUAAGUCAAGGACACUCAAACCUUAACCUUAACGCUAACCUAUAGAGGGCUUGCAGUUGCACCACAAAUCAACUAGCAACCACACCAGGCGCCACGUUGGAAGACCAGAGUCAGUCUGGUGGAAGUCCUCCAAUCGUCCAUAUGGCUGGCUGCGUUUUGCUACCACCAGAAACUUUGGGGAGAUUGCCCAUUAUUUCAUUUUUCUAAGGACCCAGAAAAUGGAGACAGUGGGAGAACCUAUUCAAGUAAGUAAAUAUAUUUAGAAAAUUAUAAAAAACAAUGUAGCUAUUAUUAGCUGGCUAGAUAGUUUCUACAGAAACUUUUGUGUGCAGGCUAACUGAAAUGAGCAGCUAACGUAAUGUUCGCUAGCUAGCUAACUUUACAUACUGUAUAUUUUUCUGCAGGCUAACUGUAUAGCUAGCCAAGUGAAUUAAAUAUCACCAGCUAACUUCAUAUUAGCUAGUUAGCUAGCUAUUUUGAUGUAUUUAUCAUUGUAACUCUAAAUGCAUUUGUAGCUAGGUAGCUAGCUAGCUAGCUAACAGCCAUGGAAGAGGGUGAAAGGAUUAGCUUGCAGUUCCAGCUGUCAGAGAAGGUAGAGUAGGCUACUCUGGAUAGGGCAGUUACCUUUGUGGGAGGACAUUAUGAAAAGAUUCUCCAGUUCCAGUCCCUAGCGAGAAAAACUAUGAGGACAGAGAGAUAAAGCAACAAUAAUAUUCAGUGCUGUCUAAUUUGAGUAUAAUGCAGCCUGUUUCUUUGUGAUGUUUUCUGUCCUCAGAUACAGAGAGCUGUGAAACCCUAUCUGCAAAUGAAGAUGUCCUAAUGAAUGUCCCAAGAGAAUAAAGGUGCAUCCUUGUAUACCAUGGAUUAUAUGGAUUGUUCCAGGCCAGCACUAACACACCUGAUUCAAUUGAUCAAACCUAAUUAGUUGAUAAUCAAGUGUCCUAUUGCUGGGCUGGAACAGUCUGCUCAACCAGUAGAUCAGGGAUCAGUGGAGUGAGGUCGGCCACCUCUGGUAUAGCUUACUUGUACACUUUGAAAUUAUAUGAAAUAGUGUUGACUCUUUUGAAGUGAAGUGUUUAAACUUGUUGAACUAGUGAUGAACUAGUGUCAAUGUUGAUUAAUCACAUAUCACAAUCUUGCAAUAAAGAGGGGAAAGGGUUCUGUCUCUAAUGUUUCUGUGUUUCUGAGAUGUAUUAUCAAAAGUAAAUGUAAUUGCUAAAGUAUACUUAAGUAUCAAAAGUAAAAGUUUAAAUAAUUUCAAAUUCCUUAUCUUAAGUAGACCAGACGGCACAAUUUUCUUUUUUAAAUGUAUGGAUAGCCAGGGGCACAAACCAACACUCACUGUUUAGUGAGUCCGCCAAUCAGAGGUAGUAGGGAUGACCAGGGAUGUUCUCUUGAUAAAUGCGUGAAUUGGACCAUUUUCCUGUCCUACUAAGCAUUCAAAGUGUAACGAGUACUUUUGGGUGUCAGGGAAAAUGUAUGGAGUAAAAAGUACAUUAUUUUCUUUAGGAGUGUAGUAAAGUAAAAGUAAAAAUUGUCAAAAAUAUAAAUAGUAAAGUACAGAUACCCAAAAAAAACUACUUACAUAGUACUGCUAAUGUCUCCAGUCAUAUAAUGUCUCCUGAGUGGCGCAGUGGUCUAAGGCACUGCAUUGCAGUGCUAGCUGUGCCACUAGAGAUCCUGGUUCAAAUCCAGGCUCUGUCGUAGCUGGCCUUGACUGGGAGACCCAUGGGGCGGUGCACAAUAAGGUAGGGGAGGGAAUGGCCGGCAGGGAUGUAGAGCAUGGCGUUUCCAACGCCAGGGUUGUGGGUUCGAUUCCCAUGGGGGGUAUAAAAAAUAAUGUAUGCACUAACUGUAAGUCGCUCUGGAUAAGAGCGUCUGCUAAAAUAUAAAGUGUAGUAGGAUUGCAUCAAAGGACAAAUUUUUCCCGUGCAAAGGAAAGAAAUGUCUCUGAUAUAGCCUAUAGGCCUAUACCACUACGCGCUCAUUAAUAGCCUAAAUUAUGACUAUCCAAUCUACUCAUCACAUUAGGAAUAGAAGGCUUACAUUAGUCUGCAAAUGUGAUGAUAGAUGCAUGCAAUCCUUUGUUAUAAGGUACAUUUUUAUGGUGAGCAAAAUUACUUCCGCAAAACUUGAAACUCACACAACACAUGCUAAUAACUAGACUACAAACUAUCUAGCUAGCUAAUGUUGGCUAACUUAGUCUUGUUGUUAACACCUGGUUAGCCUAACAGCUAAACUAAACUUGAAACCGAUCAGACUUACCAGUGAUGAAAUGAUUGGAGUAGACGUACUGACGGCUAUCUGGGUUCAGGUCUUGACGUUCAAAAAGGUUUCUUUGCUUUUUCUGACAGUUCCUGUCUUAUCUCCUUGGUGUUUCAUGAUUGCGGUUAAUCUGUUAAAAUAAAAUAAAAUCAUGUUGUCUUUCCUGUCUUGUUAGAGCAGCCAAAUACUGCACAGAAAUUGACCGUGGUGAUGAAUCAACUAGUUUUAGGCACUGUUAUCAUGCAGCUUGGGGUAGCCAAUCAGCUGCUGUUGUCGAAAGAAUUGAUGUGGUGGUCUUCCAACAUGGCCGCUAGAAGCCAUCGUAUGUCAACUGGCAACCCUCUAUAAUCAAGUGCUGCUAAGAAGGACCUAGUUAAACUGCAGCUGGCCCAGAACAGAGUGGCACGUUUUGCUCUUCAUUGUAAUCAGAGGGCUAAUAUCAAUACUAUGCAUGACAGUCUCUCUUGACUAAGAGUUGAGGAAAGACUGACUGCAUCACUUCUUGUUUUUAUAAGAAACAUGAAUGUGUUGGAAAUUCUAAAUUGUUUGCACAGUCAAUUUACACACAGCACUGACACACACACUUACCAGACAUGCCACCAGGGGUCAGUGCUUGAGGCAUUACUACAGACCCCCUGGUUCGAUUCCAGGCUGUAUCACAACCGGCCGUGAUUGGGAGUCCCAUAGGGCAGCGCACAAUUGGCCCAGCAUCGUCCGGGUUUGGCCGGUGUAGGCCGUCAUUGUAAAUAAGAAUUUGUUCCUAACUGACUUGCCUAGUUAAAUAAAGUUAAAAGAAAAAAAGAAAAGAAAAGAAAAUACAGAGCCAUGAUUGCAUGGAACUCCCUUCCAUCUCAUAUAACGCAAGUGAACAUCAAACCUGGUUUCUAAAAACUAAUAAAGCAACACCUCACGGUACAGUGGCUCUCCCCCAUGUGACCUAAUUGUUGUGUGUACAGUAUGUACUGACAUGUACAGUAUGUGUAACUGAUAAAUGCACACACACACACACUACAUGUACAAAUGUAUGUACAUUUUAAAGUUUAUUUUGUCUGUAAUGUAUUUUUUGUUACGUGUCGGACCGCAGUAAGACUAGCUGUCGCCAUUGGCGUCGGCUAAUGGGGAUCCUAACAAAAUGAAAUCAAACCUUAACCCCUAACCCCUAGCCUAGCUAACGUUAACCACCUAGCUAACGUUAGUGUUAGCCACCUAGCUAACGUUAUAACAACAAAUUGGAAUUCGAAACAUACCAUACGUUUUUUGCAAAUGUGUGACCUAUCGAACAAAUUGCAAAUCCGUAACAUAUUGUACGAAUUGCAAAUCGUAACAUACCAUAUGAAUUGUAAUUCGUAACAUUUCAUAUGAAAUGAAUGAUGGACAUCCACAAAUUAAUACCAUACGAAACAUAACAUAUCAUACUAACUGAUGUGUCCCGGAUACACGUUUACUAUGUUACGUCUACCCCUGAGUCCAGUUUGGAAAUCUUCUCUUAAAGGCCCUUAAGGCUGAUAAAGUGUUUCCUGCACAGACACAAAAAUCAAUAAUGAUUUUCAUUGAUUUAUAUACACUGUAUGACAAUUGGCUCAAGGCUUUAGUGCCUUUGUUGUCAAACACUAGUCACAAUGACAUUACUUAUUGAUUGCCUCCCACACUGUUUACUACUUCAGGUCACAGGAGCUGAUUCAGACCUUUUUAGAGAAUUACUUUCUAAAGAACCUGGAGAGUGGACAAAUCCUGGCUAUAAUGGACUGUAUGUACCCCACCACGGUCAACCAAGGCUGCUGCAUCAUUGAAGAGGGAGACAGUGGAACUCUUGCCUAUGUCCUAGAAGGUAAGAAGUUAAAUCAACAGUUGUUUAUAAGUGGUGAGUAAAGUGGGGAUUGGGAAUACAGCCACUUCAUGGUCCAAACUGUUGUCUUGAAUUUUCAUGCGUAGCCCCACUCUCAAAAACCAAAGUCCCCAAUGUAUAGUAAAUGCUUGAGACGUUUUGGUGAAUUAUUCAUCAAGCACUUGGUCUCCACAAUUGAAGUGCAGUCAGCUCAUGGUCUUUAAUGUAUGCUGCUUAUUAGUCUUUUAUGUUUGCUCAGAGAUGGCCUAAUGAAUGUUACUCAACAGCUCCCCCUCCCCAUUUCCUCCUCCCUCUGGCUCAUGUUGAGUUGGUAUGCUCCUCUGUUAGUGCCGGCACUGCUUUAUGGCGCAAUGAGGGGAAAUGUUAGAAUGAUCUGUUUCUGGAAGGAGAGAGUGAGAGAUGGUGGUGGUAUGCAUGAUAAUAAGCGGCAUACAUCAUGUUUUGUGAUGAAAUGUCAGGCAGGGACAGGGCUCAGAGCUCAGGCAUUUCUCCUACUACCCUCAUAUCUGAUGUGACAAGCAAUGGGCCAUGGCUGUCCAAUUUGCUUUUCUUGUUACCUGAGGCCUAGACUUUGUCUGUUUCUGCUGUGGUGUUGUAGAUUAGAGUGUCUCUACCUGUCACGUGGCGUAUCUCAGACAACUGCGUUUAUCUGAUGGUGUGUCAGUCACUCUCCCUGUCAAUCACCUGCAGCUGGGAGCUGCGUAAGGGAGGCUGAGCUAAUGUGUGGUCACACCCCUUCAGCUGCCAACCUGCUGUUGUGGGGGAUGCCACAGACUGCCAUCAUCAUCCUUUAUCAUUCUCCUCUGAAGGAGCUCUAACAGAAGCUGCACUGUCAUACACACACAUACACACACACACACACACAGUCUACGCACAUGCCAACGUCAUACAGUUUAUUUUCAAUCACUUUCACAAAUGUUUCAGAUGUAAGUGGUAUAUUUUUUAAACUCUAAGUAUAAAACUCUAAGCUGAUAGCAAUGCCCCAUAUACAGUGGGGGGGGAAAGUAUUUAGUCAGCCACCAAUUGUGCAAGUUCUCCCACUUAAAAAGAUGAGAGAGGCCUGUAAUUUUCAUCAUAGGUACACGUCAACUAUGACAGACAAAUUGAGAAAAAGAAAUCCAGAAAAUCACAUUGUAGGAUUUUUUAUGAAUUUAUUUGCAAAUUAUGGUGGAAAAUAAGUAUUUGGUCACCUACAAACAAGCAAUAUUUCUGGCUCUCACAGACCUGUAACUUCUUCUUUAAGAGGCUCCUCUGUCCUCCACUCGUUACCUGUAUUAAUGGCACCUGUUUGAACUUGUUAUCAGUAUAAAAGACACCUGUCCACAACCUCAAACAGUCACACUCCAAACUCCACUAUGGCCAAGACCAAAGAGCUGUCAAAGGACACCAGAAACAAAAUUGUAGACCUGCACCAGGCUGGGAAGACUGAAUCUGCAAUAGGUAAGCAGCUUGGUUUGAAGAAAUCAACUGUGGGAGCAAUUAUUAGGAAAUGGAAGACAUACAAGAACACUGAUAAUCUCCCUCGAUCUGAGGCUCCACGCAAGAUCUCACCCCGUGGGGUCAAAAUGAUCACAAGAACGGUGAGCAAAAAUCCCAGAACCACACAGGGGGACCUAGUGAAUGACCUGCAGAGAGCUGGGACCAAAGUAACAAAGCCUACCAUCAGUAACACACUACGCCGCCAGGGACUCAAAUCCUGCAGUGCCAGACGUGUCCCCCUGCUUAAGCCAGUACAUGUCCAGGCCCGUCUGAAGUUUGCUAGAGUGCAUUUGGAUGAUCCAGAAGAGGAUUGGGAGAAUGUCAUAUGGUCAGAUGAAACCAAAAUAGAACUUUUUGGUAAAAACUCAACUCGUCGUGUUUGGAGGACAAAGAAUGCUGAGUUGCAUCCAAAGAACACCAUACCUACUGUGAAGCAUGGGGGUGGAAACAUCAUGCUUUGGGGCUGUUUCUCUGCAAAGGGACCAGGACGACUGAUCCGUGUAAAGGAAAGAAUGAAUGGGGCCAUUUAUCGUGAGAUUUUGAGUGAAAACCUCCUUCCAUCAGCAAGGGCAUUGAAGAUGAAACGUGGCUGGGUCUUUCAGCAUGACAAUGAUCCCAAACACACCGCCCGAAGGAGUGGCUUCUUAAGAAGCAUUUCAAGGUCCUGGAGUGGCCUAGCCAGUCUCCAGAUCUCAACCCCAUAGAAAAUCUUUGGAGGGAGUUGAAAGUCCGUGUUGCCCAGUGACAGCCCCAAAACAUCACUGCUCUAGAGGAGAUCUGCAUGGAGGAAUGGGCCAAAAUACCAGCAACAGUGUGUGAAAACCAUGUGAAGACUUACAGAAAACGUUUGACCUGUGUCAUUGCCAACAAAGGGUAUAUAACAAAGUAUUGAGAAACUUUUGUUAUUGACCAAAUAUUUAUUUUCCACCAUAAUUUGCAAAUAAAUUCAUAAAAAAUCCUACAAUGUGAUUUUCUGGAUUUGUUUUCCUCAUUUUGUCUGUCAUAGUUGACCUGUACCUAUGAUGAAAAUUACAGGCCUCUCUCAUCUUUUUAAGUGGGAGAACUUGCACAAUUGGUGGCUGACUAAAUACUUUUUUUCCCCACUGUAUUAUAUUCAGAACGUUUGACUGUGCUUUAAUUGGGGUUUCACACAUCUUUCACCCCUGAGUCAUUCAUGCUAAAUCAAAGUUUUCUGUAAAAUACCAUGAUAACAUUUUGUUUAGUCACCAAUACAUCAGAUAAUGAUAGGCUCACCAUUUAAUCCAAUAGCAAAAAAUACAAACUACACAUUUAAAAACAGUUAUUUUUGAAGUUCUAAAUAGAAAGAAUAGUAGAUGAUACAUUUUCCAUACAGUAAUUUACUAUAACUUGACAUGCACCAUAAAACAUUUUUUGGGGCAUCCAAUGGCAGAUUGUGAGCACGUUGAGAAAUACGUCAGUCUUACAGUUUCAUUAUCCUUAUACAGUACAUGCGUAGGAUAACUAAUCAGAAAUAGGGUUAUUGUAAAGCAGUUGGAUAAUGUAAAAAUGUAGCACAGUGUUGUAUGCCAAUUCUGCCCCAUGCAACACUGUACAAGAUCACCUUUUUUUUUUUUUUACGUGACUUGUCAACUGAUACAGUAUCGCAUAUCUCUCUGCUUGAAAUCCAUCAGCUUACAGUGUGUCAAUGAAAUUCAGAUAAUGAGUGGAAUAUAUUGUUAUAUACAACCCAGGCAUUUCAGCAGUGCAUUGUACACUACUCUAUAAUUCAAAAUGGGAGCACAUAGAGUGACUCUUUCUACUUUGUCCUAUUGAAGCACACUGGCUGAUGGAGAAUGAUGAUGUACAUUGCCUUUAGAAAGUAUUCACUUUUUCCACAUUUUGUUGUGUUACAAAGUGUGAUUACAAUUGAUUUAAUUGUCAUUUUUUGUCAACGAUCUACACAAAAUACUCUGUAAUGUGAAAGUGGAAGAAGAAUUCUAACAUUUGUAAAAAAUGUAUGAAAAAUAAAACACUAAUAUAUCUUUAUUAGAUAAGUAUUCAACCCCCUGAGUCAAUACAUGUUAGAAUCACCUUUGUCAGAGAUUACAUCUGUGAGUCUUUCUGGAAGGAAAGAGAGGAAGGCUCCACACCAAUCUCUCAUUUGAGUAUCUUACCUAGUUAUUUUCAGAUCUAAUUUUGCUCUUUUGUAGCUUUGGCUAUGUGUGUGUUUUCUAUACCUGUUCGCGCCUCUCCCUGUAGGCUUUACAGACGCUUCCCACCCCUAGGCUGCAACCCUUCUAAUUUAGUGUACCCUGCACGCACAACCCAUGUGGAAUUCCUGGUCUCUGGCAGCGUUUGGAACUGCCAAUCUGCGGUCAAGAACGCUGAGUUCAGCUCAGCCUAUGCUGCCCUUCAGUCCCUUGACUUUUUGGCCCUGACGGAGACAUGAAUCACCCCAGCUGCUCUCUCUUCAUCUGAUUAUGUUUUCUCUCAUUGUCUGAGAGCAUCUGGUCGUCGCGGGGUGGCACAGGGAUACUAAUUUAUCCUAAGUAGAGAUUUUCUAUUUUCUCUCUCUCUCACCUAUCCUUAGAGAGUUCCUCAAUGAGCUUGACACCUUGAUAAGCUAAAUUCCUGAUGAUGGCUCACCGCUCUUCGUACUUAGCGACUUCAACAUCCCAAUGUCUGCCUUCGAUUCAUUUCUUUCCAACGCUCUCUUUCCCCUCCUUGCCUCUUUUGACCUCACCCUUUCCCAGUUCCCUACACUCACAAGGCGGGCAUCUUUACUAGAGGCUGUUUGCAUACUAAUCUUACUGCAACCCCCGUCCAGGUCUCUGCUCACUACUUUGUUUCCUUUUCCUUUCCUCUAACCCUAGCCGCUCAGCCCGUACCCAGAUGGUCAUGCGUUGUCGCAAUCUUCACUCUCUCUCUUGCUCUCUCUCUCCCACUACUCUCUCCUUUUCUAUCCUAUCAUCUCACCCUUCUGCUAAAUCCUUCUCCAUCCUGUGUCCUAAUUCUGCCUCUUCGACCCUACUCUCCUCCCUUUCCACAUCUUAUGACUCGCUUUGUCCCCUUUCCUCCCGGGCUGGCUCUGCCCUUCCCUCCUGCUCUGUGUCUGAGUGACAAAAAAAACAAAAAAACAUUGUAAAGUGGUUAUCCCACUGGCUAUAAGGUGAAUGCACCUAUUUGUAAGUCGCUCUGGAUAAGAGCGUCUGCUAAAUGACGUAAAUGUAAAAAAACAAAAAAACAUUGCGAGUUUCCAGAACAGGGCUGAGCGAAAAUGGAGGAAAACUAAACUUCUGGAGGGCCUAUCAUCCUUUCACUCCCUCCUCUCUACCUUCUCUUCCUCUGUAUCCACUGCUAAAGCCACUUUCUAUCACUCAACAUUUCAAGCUUCUGCCUCUAACCCUAGGAAACUAUUUUCCACCUUCUCCUCCUUCCUUAAUCCUCCACCCCCUCUCCCUCCCUCUCUGCGGAUUACUUUGUCAACCACUUUGAAAAGAAGGUUGACGACAUCUGGUCCUCAUUCACUCAGCCUAUUGAGUCCACUGGUCCCACUCACACAGAACUACCCUACACCUUGACCUUUUUCCCUCCUCUCCCUCCAGAUGAAAUCCUGCUACUAGUGAGGUCCGGCUGCCUGACAACCUGCCCGCUCGACCCCAUCCCCUCCUCCCCUCUCCAGACCAUCUCUGGAGACCUUCUCCAUUCCUCACUUCCAUCAUCAACUCAUCCCUGACUACUGUCUGUGUCCCCUCUGACUUCAAAAUGGCCAGAGGCGCUCCCCUCCUCAAGAAACCAACACUCAACUCCUCUGAUGUAAAAAACUACAAACCAGUAUCCCUCCUUUCUUUUCUUUCCAGGUCUCUGACCUACUCUCUCAGAUUGAUCUUCUUGACCCUAACCAGUCAGGCUUCAAGACAGGUGUCACUGCGCACUGCCAAAGCUGACUCUCUCUCCUCUGUUCUCAUCCUCCUAGAUCUAUCUGCUGCCUUCGACACAGAGAACCAUCAGAUCCUCCUAUCCAUCCUCUCAGGGCUGGGCGUCUCAGGCUCUGCACGUUCUUGGAUUGCAUCUUACCUGGCAGGCCGCUCCUACUAGGUGAAGUGGAGAGGAUUUGUGUCUGCACCACGUACUCUCACUACUGGUGUCCCCCAGGGCUCAGUUCUAGGCCCUCUCCUCUUCUCUCUAUACACCAAGUCACUCGGCUCCAUCAUAUCCUCACAUGGUCUCUCCUAUCAUUGCUAUGCAGAUGACACUCAACUACUUUUCUCCUUUCCCUCUUCUGACACCCAGUUGUCGGCCCACUACCUCAAGCUCAACCUCGAAAAGAUGGAGCUGCUCUUCCUCCCAGGGAAGUCUUGCCCGCUCCAAGACCUCUCCAUCACAGUUGACAACUCCACGGUGUCCCCCUCCCAGAGUGCAAAGAACCUUGGCGUGACCCUGGACAACACCCUGUCAUUCUCUGCAAACAUCAAAGCAGUGACUCGCUCCUGCAGGUUCAUGCUUUACUACGUCCGUAGAGUACGACCCUACUUCACACAGGAAGCAGCGCAGGUCCUAAUCCAGGCACUUGUCAUCUCCCGUCUGGAAUACUGCAACUUGCUGUUGGCUGGGCUCCCCCCUGCAGUGCAACCCGCCUGGUGUUCAACCUUCCCAAGGUCUCCCAUGUCACCCCGCUUCUCUGCACACUGGCUUCCAGUCGAAGCUCGCACCCAAUACAAGACCAUUGUACUUGCCUACGGAGCAGCAAAAGGAAUUGCCCCUCCCUACCAUCGGGCUAUGCUCAAACCCUACACCCCAACCCAAGCGCUCUGUUCUGCCACCUCUGGUCUCUUUGCCCUCCCUCUUCUCUGUCCUGGCACAAACAAUCCCACAACAUUUAUGAGGUAAAAAUAUAGAAAUGUACAGUGUUCAGCAGUUAUCAAACUAUAUACAUUUACAUUUACAUUUUAGUCAUUUAGCAGACGCUCUUAUACAGAGGAACACCCAGGGUUGACACAUACUCAUCUAGAUGAAAUUAGGAUAAAUUAGGUUAAUUCGACUCUACAUAAUUUUGGUUCAGUAGUUAUCAGUUUUGAGCAGUUUGAUGAAGUGAUAGUUAAUUGUAUUGUUAACAAAUGACAAGAAAAUCAUAUCAAAAGUAAACUGAAUAUUGCAUUUUUAAAAGCAUUUGGUGAUUUGGUGCAGUGAACAAGUGACUGUGAAUGUAUUUGUUGUAGUCAGUCAAUUGAAAAUGUGCUUAUAGUUUUGAAACGAGCCAUUUUGAUGAUCUGUUUAGAUUUUUGUGCUUAGAGUUGUGAAAAUGCAUCACAUACUUGUGGAAAUUGCACCAAAGUGACUGAAAAAAAACUACUAACUGUAAACACGCACAAAGGUAAAGACACACAUGCAUACACACACGCCACAUAAUGCUGCAACAUCACUGCCUUCUGCCUCACUAUGAUUAGUAGUCAGUUGAUAAUGAUAUAUUCCGUAUUUGCUGCAUUGUGUAUUUAUGUUUAAAUGUGUGUUUAACAGAAGGGAAGAUGGAGGUGACGAAGGAUACCAAGAAGCUACUCACAAUUGAACCAGGAAAAGUGUUUGGAGAAUUGGCACUCCCGUUCAGCUGCACACACACCUACACUAUAACAGGUACUGGAGCAUUGUGCAUGGAGUGUUGUGUACUGUGGUUGUUCUAUUCUAUUGUAAUAACAGCUGAAGUGAAUGCAAAACGUCAUCCAGAAAUCCUGUGUUUGGAUGGAUUUUUCAUAAUAAUUAUUGUUCAAGAGAGCAGCACAAUCACAGACCAGCCUAUUCACAGAUGAAUAGAUCUGGUGCAGAGGGAAGUACUCUAGAAUUUCUAAUCAAAAUAUAUUUCACAGCUUCAGACGCUCCUCUCUGAGAUGUGGGGAAUACAAAACACAUCUUUCUUUGGCUCAUAAAUUGCCUAACUCAUCUCCUACUAUUUUUACCCUGUCCUUGGAAAUGGAAAUUACUAUAUGCGAAUAUGUAAAAUGGUAUAUCAACACAUUUUAUGUGGUUAUACAUUAUUUGAUCGAUUUCACGACAUCAUCAUGACCGACCAAAUAUCCCCUCAAUGAGAGUCCUUAUUUCUAAAUGGCUUGAACUUGAUUUUCUCAAUGGAAAAUUAAAUGUGUGCUAUAGUCUCGCUACACUAUCUGUGCCCAAAGGGAAACGCAGUCUCUGCUGCUCACAUCUGACUUGCUUUCACAAAGAAAUAGGUUGAAGAAUGGAAAGAAUCAGUGCAAAUUGAAAAAUCAGUUUUUUCCCUCACAGUGUUUCCUUUCCACUUUUCCUCUGUCCAUUUUCUCUUUCAAUGCAAUGCUGGGUUCCUGAUUAAUUGAAUAGCACCUUUUUCUUUCAGUCAAUCCCUCUCCAAUUCCCUCUCUCUGUAUAUCCGUUCUCACAGCAACAGUUCAACAGUUCUUUCUUCCAUAUCCACUCCACCAGUCCUUUCCCUGGUUUGGCACUGGCCUUGUUCUCCUGGCUGAUUUUAAAUAACUUUUUCCCUUUGUUGCCAUCAGAGAACAUCAAUAAAGCUUCCUCUCCUGUGGUCUGACUCACUGUGACUGUAAGAAGUUCAGGUGAAAAAGGAGUUCAUGAUUGCACAGGAUGUUCUUCCCAGAAAAUGGCAGAGAGUAUGACACAUAAAAGGGUUAGACAAAUAUCUUAGAAUGCUCUAUUAGUUGUCAGUUGACAUUCAGGUUUUUAACUCAAAUAUACUGUAGCGAUCCUCACUAUAUGAGCCGCAAUAGGGGGUUAACCCUAUUGGCGCGAUGCGUAGGGUGUUUGCCUUUCAAGCCAGUGACCCAGGUUCACUUCCCUGCCCCGCUGUUCGCUACAAUACGUAACAUAUAAAGAUAACAAUGCCAUUGAUUUCACACUGCAAGUUCAUUUAGCAAUUUAAAUAAUGAUAUGAUUGGUAGGAAUUCAGAGGAGCAUUUCUCAAGGUUAAUAAGCCCCAUUUUGGAAUGGAAUCUUUAUAGUUGACACAGUAUGCACCUAUUUUACACAUCUUUCCUGUAGGUACAUUAGGUAUGUGACUUAUUCAUUACUGUUAUUUUGCUAUGUCAUCUAAGCGUGUAGUGUCUAUUGUAGAGUGGAAGGACUAGAAUGAUUGGAGUUGUACGGUCAGUACAGGACAGAAGCGCCUGUUUGACGAAGCCCUGCUGAAUCAAUUAAUCUGUAUCAUUAUUAAUUUAGAACAUCUCUGUCAGAGUUCCAUUCCUGUCUGCCCACAGAACAGACAAAGAAAGAGAGGAAGGCUGCAUGGAGGAAUAUAAUCUAGAAUCUGUCCUCCUUAUUCCCUUAUCCACAACACCUUCAGAGAAAGGAAUACAAACACUCAGACAUUCCUUAAGAGUAUAGGGAACAUUUCUAGUACUAUUAUCUGACUGUGUUUCUAGGAGGGAAUUGGUUGGAGAGCAUCAUUUGCAAACACAACCUUGACAGGUGCUGCAUCUAUUUACAAAGAUGAAAAUGUGAAAUAGAAGACAUUUGCUAAGUCCCCUGGAUCCUUUCACAGCAUUAUAAGGCUGCAUUGAGACAAUGACUUAUCAAUGACCCAAGCCAGCUCAAUUAAUCCCUACCAUGGUGUCGCUGAGUUGUCAUAAUUCUUCAGCAAAUGUACAUUAUCCCAGGGGCAUUGGAAGACACAAUGUAAGUAACCUAAGUUAUGUCCCUCUAACUGCCCUGAAUGCCUCUGCUGAUCCUACAGCUAUUGUAUGCAGUAAUAAUGUGGCUAUGAACCAGAGUUAUACUGUAAGCACUGAGGCACUGUGCUCUAGUAGGAAGUCCACUGUGUGCAGCUCACCCUGCACUAACAGAAAUAACACGAGUAUGUCUACUUCUGCUAAACCUCCCAGUAAAGCAAUGAAAACAAUCAACCAUCCCAGAAAAGUGCUAACAAUAGCCCAUGUUAACAUAUGUAGCUUAAGAAACAAGGUUCAUGAAAUCAAUAAUUUGCUAAUAACAGAUGACAUUCAUAUUCUGACAAUCUCUGAAACUCACUUAGAUAAUACCUUUGAUGAUACAGUGGUAGCAAUACAUGGUUAUAACAUCUAUAGAAAAUACAGAAAUGCCAAAGGUGGAGGUGUUGCCGUUUAUAUUCAGAACCACAUUCCUGUAAAGCUUAGAGAGGAUCUCAUGUUAAAUACUGUUGAAGUAAUAUGGCUACAGGUUAAUCUGCCUCACCUAAAGCCCAUUCUGGUGGGAAGCUGCUAUAGACCACCAAGUGAAACAGUCAGUAUAUGGAUAACAUGUGUGAAAUGCUUGAUAAUGUAUGUGAUAUCAACAGAGAGGUAUAUUUUCUGGGUGAUUUAAAUAUUGACUGGCUUUCAUCAAGCUGCCCACUCAAGAAAAAGCUUCAAACUGUAACUAGUGCCUGAAACCUGGUUCAGGUUAUCAGUCAACCUACCAGGGUAGUUACAAACAGCACAGGAAUGAAAUUAUCAACAUGUAUUGAUCACAUCUUUACUAAUGCUGCAUAAAUUUGAUUUAAAGCAGUACCCAAAUCCAUCAGAUGUAGUGAUCACAAUAUAGCAGCCAUAUCUAGGAAAACCAAAGGUCCAAAGGCUGGGCCUAAUAUACACAUAAGAGGUCAUACAAUACGUUUUGUAGUGAUUCCUAUGUUGUUGAUGUAAAUAAUAUAAGUUGGUCUGUGGUGUGUAAUGAGGAGCAACCAGACGCUGCACUUGACACAUUUAUGAAAUUGCUUAUUCCAGUUACUAAAAAGCAUGCACCCAUUAAGAAAAUGACUGUAAAAACUGUUAAAUCCCUGUGGAUUGAUGAGGAAUUGAAAAAUUGUAUGGUUGAGAGGGAUGAGGCAAAAGGAAUGGCAAAUACAGUGCAUUCAGAAAGUACUUUUUCCACAUUUUGUUACGUUACAGCCUUAUUCUAAAAUUGAUUAAAUAGUUUUUUCCCUAAUCAAUCUACACACAAUACCCCAUAAUGACAAAGCAAAAACAGGUUUUUAGAAAUUGUUGCAAAUAAAAAAACUAAAAAAAACUGAAAUAUCAUAUUUACAUAAGUAUUCAGACCCUUUACUCAGUACUUUGUUGAAGCACCUUGGGCAGCAAUUAAAGCCUUGCGUCUUCUUGAGUAUGACGCUACAAGCUUGGCACACCUGUAUUUGGGGAGUUUCUCCCAUUCUUCUCUGCAGAUCCUCUAAACCUCUGUCAGGUUGGAUGGGGAGUGUCGGUGCACAGCUAUUUUCAGGUCUCUCCAGAGAUGUUCGAUCGGGUUCAAGUCAGGGUUCUGGCUGGGCCACUCAAGGACAUUCAGAGACUUGUCCUGAAGCCACUCCUGUGUUGUAUUGGCUGUGUGCUUAGGGUUGUUGUCCUGUUGGAAGGUGAACCUUCGCCCCAGUCUGAGAUCCUGAGCACUCUGGAGCAGGUUUUCAUCAAGGAUACUUUGCUCCGUUCAUCUUUCCCUCGAUCCUGACUAGUCUCCCAGUCCCUGCCACUGAAAAACAUCCCCACAGCAUGAUGCUGCCACCACCAUGCUUCACCGUAGGGAUUAUGCCAGGUUUCAUGGCUUGGUUUUUGCUCUGACAUGCACUGUCAACUGUGGGACCUUAUAUAGACAGGUGUGUGCCUUUCCAAAUCAUGUCCAAUCAAUUGAAUUUACCACAGGUGUGGUAAAGGAUGAUCAAUGCAAACAGGAUGCACCUGAGCUCAAUUUCGAGUCUCAUAGCAAAGGUCUGAAUACUUAUUUAAAUAAGGUAUUUCAGUUUUCUAUUUUUAAUAAAUUUGCUAAAAUGUCUAAAAAACUGUUUUCACUUUGUCAUUAUGUGGUAUUGUGUGUACAGUGGCUUGCGAAAGUAUUCGCCCCCCUUGGUAUUUUUCCUAUUUUGUUGCCUUACAACCUGGAAUUAAAAUGGAUUUUUGGGGGGUUGUAUCAUUUGAUUUACACAACAUGCCUACCACUUUGAAGAUGCAAAAUAAAAAAAAUUGUGAAACAAACAAGAAAUAAGACAAAAACAAACUGAAAACUUGAGCGUGCUUAACUAACCCAAAGUCAAUACUUUGUAGAGCCACCUUUUGCAGCAAUUACAGCUGCAAGUCUCUUGGGGUAUGUCUCUAUAAUCUUGGCACAUCUAGCCACUGGGAUUUUUGCCAAUUCUUCAAGGCAAAACUGCUCCAGCUCCUUCAAGUUGGAUGGGUUCCGCUGGUAUACAACAAUCUUUAAGUCAUACCACAGAUUCUCAAUUGGAUUGAGGUGUGGGCUUUGACUAGGCCAUUCCAAGACAUUUAAAUGUUUCUUUAGCAGUAUGCUUAGGGUCAUUGUCCUGCUGGAAGGUGAACCUCCGUCCCAGUCUCAAAUCUCUGGAAGACUGAAACAGGUUUCCCUCAAGAAUUUCCCUGUAUUUUGCGCCAUCCAUCAUUCCUUCAAUUCUGACCAGUUUCCCAGUCCCUGCCGAUGAAAAACAUCCCCACAGCAUGAUGCUGCCACCACUAUGCUUCACUGUUGGGAUGGUGUUCUCGGGGUGAUGAGAGGUGUUGGGUUUGCGCCAGACAUAGUGUUUGCCUUGAUGGCCAAAAAGCUCAAUUUUAGUGUCAUCUGACCAGAGUACCUUCUCCAUAUGUUUGGGGAGUCUCCCACAUGCAUUUUGGCGAACAGUGUUUGCUUAUUAUUUUCUUGAAGCAAUGGCUUUUUUCUGGCCACUCUUCCGUAAAGCCCAGCUCUGUGGAGUGUACGGCUUAAAGUUGUCCUAUGGACAGAUACUCCAAUCUCCGCUGUGGAGCUUUGCAGCUCAUUCUGGGUUAUCUUUGGUCUCUUUGUUGCCUCUCUGAUUAAUGCCCUCCUUGCCUGGUCCGUGAGUUUUGGUGGGCGGCCCUCUCUUGGCAGGUUUGUUGUGGUGCCAUGUUCUUUCCGUUUUUUAAUAAUGGAUUUAAUGGUGCUCCAUGGGAUGUUCAAAGUUUCUGAUAUUUUUUUAUAACCCAACACUGAUCUGUACUUCUCCACAACUUUGUCCCUGACCUGUUUGGAGAGCUCCUUGGUCUUCAUGGUGCCGCUUGCUUGGUGUUGCCCCUUGAUCAGUGGUGUUGCAGACUCUGGGACCUUUCAGAACAGGUGUACAGUCGUGGUCAAAAGUUUUGAGAAUGACACAAGUAUUGGUCUUCACAAAGUUAGCUGCUUCAGUGUUAUGAGAUAUUUUUGUCAGAUGUUACUAUGGUAUACUGAAGUAUAAUUACAAGCAUUCCAUAAGUGUUAAAGGCUUUUAUUGACAAUUACAUUAAGUUUAUGCAAAGAGUCAAUAUUUGCAGUGUUGACCCUUCUUUUUCAAGACCUCUGCAAUCCACCCUGGCAUGCUGUCAAUUAACUUCUGGGCCACAUCCUGACUGAUGGCAGCCCAUUCUUGCAUAAUCAAUGCUUGGAGUUUGUAAGAAAUUGUGGGUUUUUGUUUGUCCACCCGCCUCUUGAGGAUCAACCACAAGUUCUCAAUGGGAUUAAGGUCUGUGGAGUUUCCUGGCCAUGGACCCAAAAUGUCGAUGUUUCGAAUAUCCGAAGCCGUAGUUUUUCCCCUAGCGAGUCAUCAUCAUACAAGUUCAGUUACUGAGAUGUAUUUUUCAUCAGUAUUCCCAUACUGAUUUAUCCGAGUUGUGGUGAGAGCAUUACAAUAGUACAGCUCUCCAACAUGCAUGUAAUGCCCCACCACAUAUAAUGCCCCACCACAUAUAAUGCCCCACCACAUGUAAUGCCCCACCACAUGUAAUGCCCCACCACAUGUAAUGCCCCACCACAUGUAAUGCCCCACCACAUGUAAUGCCCCACCACAUGUAAUGCCCCACCACAUGUAAUGCCCCACCACAUGUAAUGCCCCACCACAUGUAAUGCCCCACCACAGUGUCCCCCAAGCACACAAUGCAAGUAUAGUUUUUAUAAGUCACUUUGUUAUAAUGUGAAAAUGGUGAAAUAUCUCUUAAGUGACUUGAGACCAUAUAAUGUUUCAUCAGGUCUUUCAUAAAGAUCAUAGGUUUGGUGAAGGACAGUAAUACUGUGCACAAGAGCAGCGAACUCAAAGCCCAGUAAGUAGCGACUGAAACUAUAGGUAACACUUUACCGCCAACAGGUACAGUGCAUUCAAAAAGUAUUCAGACCCAUUUACUUUUUCCACAUUUUGUUACGUUACAGCCUUAUUCUAAAAUGGAUUAAAUUGUUUUUCUCCCCCUCAUCAAUCUACACUCAAUACCCCAUGAUGACAAAGCAAAAACUGGUUUUUAUUUUUUUUUAACUGAAAUAUCACAUUUACAUAAGUAUUCAGACCCUUUACUCAGUACUUUGUUGAAGCACCUUUGGCAGCGAUUACAGCUUUGAGUCUUCUUGGGUAUAACGCUACAAGCUUGGCACGUCUGUAUUUGGGGAGUUCCUCCCAUUCUUCUCUGCAGAUCCUCUCAAGCACUGUCAGGUUGGAUGGGAGGUGUCGUUGCACAGCUAUUUUCAGGUCUCUCCAGAGAUGUUCGACCGGGUUUAAGUCCGGGCUCUGGCUGGGCCACUCAAGGACAUUCAGAGACUUGUCCUGAAGCAACUCCUGUGUUGUCUUGGCUGUGUGCUUAGGGUCAUUGUACUCGCCCCAUUCUGAGGUCCUGAGCGGUCUGGAGCAGGUUUUCAUCAAGGAUCUCUCUGUACUUUGCUCCGUUCAUCUUUCCCUCGAUCCAGACUAGUCUCCCAGUCCCUGCCGCUGAAAAACAUCCCUACAGCAUGAGGCUGCCACCACCAUGCUUCACCGUAGGGAUGGUGCCAGGUUUCCUCCGGAUGUGACGCUUGGCAUUCAGGCCAAAGAGUUCAAUCUUGGUUUCAUCAGACCAGAAAAUCUUGUUUCUCAUGGUCUGAGAGUCCUUUAGGUGCCUUUUACCCGAGGAGUGGCUUCCAUCUGGCCAGUCUACCAUAAAGGCCUGAUUGGUGGAGUGCUGCAGAGAUGGUUGUCCUUCUGGAAGGUUCUCCCAUCUCCACAGAGGAACUCUGAAGCUCUGUCAGAGUGACCAUCGGGUUCUUAGUCACCUCCCUGACCAAGGCCCUUCUCCCCCGAUUGCUCAGUUUGGGCAGGCGGCCAGCGCUAGGAAGAGUCUUGGUGGUUCCAACCUUCAUCCAUUUAAGAAUGAUGGAGACCACUGUGUUCUUGGGGACCUUCAAUGCUGCAGAAAGUUGUUGGUACCCUUCCCCAGAUCUAUGCCUCGACACAAUCCUGUCUAGGUGCUCUACGGACAAUUCCUUCGACCUCAUGGCUUGGUUUUUGCUCUGACAUGCACUGUCAACUGUGGGACCUUAUAUUGACAGGUGUGUGCCUUUUCCAAAUCAUGUCCAAUCAGUUGAACCACAGGUUGACUCUAAUCAAGUUGUAGAAACAUCUCAAGGAUGAUCAAUGGAAACAGGAUGUACCUGAACUCAAUUUCGAGUCGAGUUUCAUAGCAGGGUCUGAAUACUUAAGUAAAUAAGGUAUUUCACUUUUAUUUAAUUUUUUUGUGUGCAAAAAUGUCUAAAAACCUGUUUUUGCUUUGUCAUUAUGGGGUAUUGUGUGUAGAUUGAUGAGGAAAACAAUUAAAUUAAUCAAUUUCAGAAUAAGGCUGUAACGUAACAAAAUGUGGAAAAAGGGAAGGGGUCUGAAUACUAUCCGAAUGCACUGUAUAUUGUGUUAGUACUUGUUAUAAGCAUGUAUGAACCUUUAUAAUGUCUUAUCAUAAGGCUUAUAAUAUGUUAUGUUUCUCUAUCUCUCUGUUUGUAUUUUAAUGAGCCAUGAUCCAAAUGAAUAAAUCUGAUGUAUUUAACCUUUAUUUAGAACCAGUAAAGCAACAUGGGUAACCCUUCUUUUCCAUGUGAGAAGGUCAGAGGAAGAUGCAGCUCUCCUCUCCAACGUGUCUCUUAGUGAAUUCCAGGUCAUAUGCAAUCUAGGAGAGGGGGAAAUCGGUCAUUCAGAGCUGGUGAGUUGGGAGGAAUUUGUUGGUCAAGCUUGAAACUGUGUCAGUAAAUCCCAGUGCAUUGUUAUUGUCUGGUUUCCAUGUAGCUUUUAAUGGAUAGGCCCACAUGUUGACAUGGUGGUUGAUGUAUUUACACUUUUCUCAGGUACAGCUUAAGACCAAAAUUAACUGCCUGUUCACCUUGAGGGUGUUGAGGAAGCAUCAGAUCCUAAGCACUGGUCAACAGAAGCGCAUCCUGAGGGAAAGACACAUCCUCAUGGCAGCUCAUAGUCCAUUCAUCGUCAGGUAUGCACCCACCCACCAGCCAAACAUACCUCAAUCUGAUCGUGGGUUAUAGGCAUUCCCACGUUCGCAGAGAUCCCAUUCACGGUAAAUGCUGCAUAUAUAGAAAUUUACUUUAAAAACCGCAAUGCCUCUAACCUGCGAUUGGAUUGAAUCCCGGACCUUAUUUUAGACUGGUGAACUCACUAUAUGCUUAACAACUGGACAACACCUGUGUCUUCUUUGCCACUGCUAGGCUACACCGUACCUUUAGAGAUGCGAAGUGCUUGUACAUGCUGACCGAAGCUUGUCUAGGUGGUGAGCUCUGGAGUCUACUGAAUAACAGGUACCGCUAACCGCAGUACUGUCUACAUCUUAUGUUUGUAUAUUUUACAGUAUAGAUUUUAUAACUGAAUUGAUAGGAUGUGCCAUAAAACUUUCUGAUCACUAUUGUGCUCUUGCUCCUACAUUUCAGAGGCUCGUUUGAUGACAGCAGCACACGUUUUUACACUGCCUGUGUUGCUGAGGCCCUCAUCUUCUUGCACCACAACGGUAUCAUCUACAGGGAUCUGAAGCCUGAAAAUGUAGUUCUGGACCAGCGCAGAUAUGCCAAAGUGGUAACGUAGAGACUAGAGCUCCAUUUGAUGCAUUUUAAAUCCACACAAGAUGAAGAAAGGGGGCAUCCUUAGAAUAUAAUACAGUUAUUGUCAAUUUCGUACAUGCUUACACAAACAAAUACAGUACGUUCAAAGGUUACAGUUAUAUUAUCAUACAUAGAACUGUUUCACUUUGGAAAAUCUAUGUUAUUUACAUUUUACAUUUUAGUCAUUUAGCAGACACUCUUAUCCAGAGUGACUUACAGGAGCAAUUAGGGUUAAGUGCCUUGCUCAAGGGCACAUUGACAGAUUUUUCACCUAGUUGGCUCGGGGAUUAGAACCAGAGACCUUUCGGUUACUGGAUCCAUUGAGAUACUGACCAUCCAUAUUCAUAACUGGACUGUGCUUUGCCUUUCCUAGGUGGGGUUUGGUUGUGCUAAGAAAGUGGGCUUGGGUAAGAAAACGUGGACGUUCUGUGGCACGCCUGGCUAUGUUGCCCCAGAGAUCAUCCUGAACAAGGGCCACAGUGUAUCUGUAGAUCUCUGGUCUCUGGGCGUCUUCGUGUUUGAGCUGCUGAGUGGAAGGUGAGAUUAUAAAAUAGUAUAUUUCUCUCCAGAGCUACAGUGUUUUGUCCCAGUUUUUGUUCUCUGUCGUCUCUAAGUCAUUGUACUUGAUGUCCCUUCUCAAUCUUUACCUUUCCAGUCUCCCAUUCUGUGGCCCUGAUUCUAUGAAUACGUUCACAGCCACCAUCCGUGGAAUUGAUCUGGUUGAAUUCCCCAAAACCAUCAGUAAGAGUGCCUCAAGUCUGAUCAAGAAGCUUUGCAGGUGUGACACAUAUAACCCAUACAUGUGUGUCUCUCUGUCCUGGUCUCUCAGGAACAACCCAGCAGAAGGACUGGGGAAUCAGAGAAACGGGGCCAAGGACAUCCAGAAGCACAAGUAA